AUGCUAUUGAUAAUACAGCCGAAAGCGUACAUACCAUAUAAGCUUCUAAAACAAUUUGUGAAACAGAAACCUUCACUCCUGAAAGAAGACAUCACUCCCAAAAACAAGGCCUUCGCAUCAGGAAUGAAUUUGGACGGGGGAUCGACGACCGGGGCAUACUACGAAUCAAAGGCGGCACCGUCACAGACACCAAGAAUUACCCAAUCAUUAAUCAUUCUUUUCCUUAUACCUAGUGUUCUUCAUGUGUCCCCGAUGAAGACUCUCGGUCAGUUCGUGAAAGUCCGUGUUGGCAGUCGGCGUGCACAUGAGGGUGGUACCUUAAUGGAUGUGAUAGGGGCAGUAAGACAUCCCAAGUUUGAGGAGGAGCCUGUGCCGCAUGCUGACGUGGCACUACUCAAGCUAUCAGAAAACUUGGAGUUUAGUAAGUUCGUGAACCUGAUCAAGAUAUAUGAAGGUGUUAAAGAGCCAUACGCACAGAGUUUCGUCGUGGUCAGCGGGUGGGGUGCCACCAGGGGCUCAGAUACUGCCUUUCGUGACCAUACGCCUGAUCUGCUAACGUCAAGGCUGAAGGUCCGGUCACGUCACUAUUGCAUCGACGCAUACCAGCUCGUCAACGGGUUCCAGUUCACCGAGGAUUUCUUCUGUGCUUCUCUUAGGAACGGCACUAGAGAUGCGUGCUUAUUCGAUGCAGGUGCUCCAGCAGUGCAACAGAAUCGUCUGAUGGGCAUCAUGAGCUUCGGGCCAGAGCGAUGCGGCCAUGAAUUUCAACCCGCCGUCUUCGUCAAGGCAUUCUACUUCAGAGACUUCGUGAAACAAACGAUAUCAUCGUACAAGACAACAGAAGACUUAAUCGAAGCUAUGAAGGACGUAGAUCCGAUGAUAAUACCUUACAUGAAGCCGACCAAGGAAACGACAACGGUACUGCCAAUAGACUACAUCAACCGCGAGGACAUCACACUACCCGAUGAGAGGCACGAUUGAAUACACCGAUUAAAUCAAAUCAAUAGUUUUUUUAUUAAAUUUCCGUCUUUAC